CUGGUAGAUUUGGUAUAUACACUUGACGAAACCCAAAGUCUAACACGCGCCCCUCCUCUUGCGUUCUCGCCUCGGUCUCCAACUCUGCAACCACCGCCGUCUCUUCUCCAGAUCUCCACCGCGCCAUGGACGCCGCACCCACCGCGCCGCCGGCGGCGUCGGCCGACGACGAGAUCGUGUACGAGUCGAUGCCCUGCAUCCGCAUCUACAAGAACCGCGUGGAGCGCUACUUCGGCUCCGAGUUCGUCGCCGCGUCCACCGACGCCGCCACCGGCGUCGCCUCCCACGACCGCGUCAUCUCCUCCAACGUCUCCGCGCGCCUCUACCUCCCCCGCCUCGACGACUCCGCCGCCGCCAAGGCCAAGCUCCCCGUGCUCGUCUACUACCACGGCGGCGGGUUCUGCCUCGGCUCGGCCUUCAACCCCACGUUCCACGCCUACUUCAACACCUUCGCCGCGCUCGCCAACGCCCUCGUCGUCUCCGUCGAGUACCGCCUCGCGCCGGAGCACCCCGUCCCGGCGGCCUACGCGGACUCGUGGGAGGCGCUCGCGUGGGUCGCCGGACACGCCGCGGGGGAUGGCGACGAGGCGUGGCUCGUCGACCACGCCGACUUCUCCCGCCUCUACCUCGGCGGCGAGAGCGCCGGCUCCAACAUCGCGCACCACAUAGCGAUGCGGGUGGCCGAGGAGGGGCUCCCCCACGGCGCCAAGAUCCGGGGCCUCGUCAUGAUCCACCCCUACUUCCUCGGCACUAACAGGGUGGCCUCCGACGACCUGGACCCCGCCGUGCGCGAGAGCCUCGGGAGCCUGUGGCGCGUCAUGUGCCCGGCCACCACGGGCGAGGACGACCCGCUCAUCAACCCGCUCGUGGACGGCGCGCCGGCGCUCGACGCGCUGGCGUGCGACCGCGUGCUCGUGUGCAUCGGCGAGGGCGACGUGCUCCGCGACCGCGGCCGCGCCUACUACGACCGGCUCACGUCGAGCGGGUGGCGCGGCGAGGCGGAGAUAUGGCAGGCGCCGGAGAAGGGGCACACGUUCCACCUCCUCGAGCCGCACUGCGACGCGGCCAUCGCGCAGGACAAGGUCAUCAGUGGCUUCCUCAACCGUUGACUCGCCGUCGCCGGCGAUGACACCGUCGUCGUCGGAAUCGGAGAUUACCAAGAUUAGCAUCGGUUCAUACCCAGAAUAACUGCAGCUACGUCGCCGACGGAUGCCGCUGCCGCGCCAUACUUACUACUCCACUACUACAUUUUACAUUUUGGAUUCAGGAUUGUGUUGCAUCUUUUGCAAUUGGGUGUAUGGAUGGAAGGAAAUCGCCAUUGAUUUAGGUGAGGGUAUUGUAGUAUCAGGAAGUUGGGGGAGAUAAAUGAUAAUACUACAGUCAUAGACUUCAUACAGAUGAAAUUAUUCUGCUUUGUUUGACACAUUGAUUCAUUUUCUUUGGAACUCCAGUGAAAGCAUUGUUCUUAACUCUUUGCAUCAAA